UGUGUAAUCGUCACUGGGGUCGCAGUGAUGAUGGCGCUGAGGGGCGCAGUGUUCAGAUUGGUAUCUGAAGACGUUUUAAAAGCACAAAACCUGACGAACAGAUUCAACCAUCAAACCCAGCAGAGGUGUGGCUUUCGCAAGGUAGCGAAGAAGGGUGUGGCAGAAGAAGCCGUGCAAAAUGAAGUCAAAGUCAAGAAGACUGUGGAUCCCCUGCCGGACCCACCAGCUCCACAACGCUCCAGCAAAUCCUUUGGCAGGCUUGUCAAACCAUUUGUCUUCACCGUAGGGUUUACAGGUUGUUCGUUUGGAGGUGCUGCAAUAUGGCAGUACGAAAGUUUGAAAUCUCGUGUACAGACUUAUUUUGACGAUGUCAAAGCGGACUGGCUGGAGAAGAUUCGGCCACAGAAACAGGGAGAUUUACGCAAACAGGUAAACCAGUGGUGGAACAAUUUAAGUGAAGGACAGAAAACUGUAACCGGCAUUAUUGCAGCUAAUGCGUUGGUGUUUUGUUGUUGGAGGAUUCCAUCUCUGCAGCGUUUCAUGCUCAAGUACUUCACAUCUAACCCCUCUUCCAAGGCACUGUGUUGGCCCAUGCUGCUGUCCACAUUCAGUCAUUAUUCUCUUUUUCACAUGGCCACAAACAUGUACGUGUUGUGGAGUUUCUCUUCCAGCAUCAUCAACAUGAUGGGCAAAGAACAGUUUGUGGCCCUUUACCUGUCUGCAGGUGUGAUUUCUACAUUUGUCAGUUAUGUGUGUAAAACAGCGACGGGCCGGAUGGGUCCAUCUCUGGGGGCGUCAGGGGCCAUCAUGACAGUUCUAGCAGCUGUCUGCACCAAAAUGCCCGAAGCCAAAUUGGCCAUCAUCUUCCUCCCCAUGUACACCUUUACUGCUGGAAACGCUCUUAAAGCCAUUGUUGCCUUGGAUACAGCUGGCUUGAUUCUGGGAUGGCGUUUCUUUGAUCAUGCAGCUCAUUUAGGAGGGGCGUUGUUUGGCAUUUGGUAUAUAAUGUAUGGCCAUGAGCUUAUUUGGAAGAACAGAGAGCCCCUAGUGAAGAUGUGGCAUGACUUUAGAUCAAGAGGUCCUGGCGCUGGUGGUAACGGCUCACUUUAGAGCAUUGCCUUAUGGGUAGAAAAUAGACCCAUGAAGGAGGAAGAGAGGAUUUUUGAGAAAUGGAAACACACUCACACACACACAAAUGUUUAUAGACUACAUGUUGUCUUCUCAUAUUAAGUUGAGUGUGUGUGUUUGUGUGUGAGGAGUUGUUUGUCAGAGCAAAGUCCUCUUUCGGUUGUCACACUGGGUAACAGUAGUGUAACUGUGAUGUCACUAUGCCCCGCCCCUGAAUUUAGAUUUGAAUCCAAGGGAAGGCAAAUGUAAUGAGGGGCGGAGCUUCAUCACAACAUUCACAAUACGGUCUCAUACAAAGUGGCUAUUGACACCAUCUACAGAAAACGAAAUGUUGAAUAUAUUCUGUAACUGUCAUUUUGAGAAAUAAAUACUUAUUUAAAAAUC